AUGACCUUGAAUCCUAUGUUUCUGUUUUGUUUGGUUGCAGUGAUCAACAAUGUUGUUACUCCAAGUAAUGCACGACAACUCAAGACUUCAUCAGAUGAGAAAGAAGUGGUUGGUGGUGAAAAUAGAGGAGCUCAAGUAGAGUCAAUAAGCAAGAACAACAUGGCAAAGAAUAAAGAACUUGAUGAUGAAAAACAUCCCUUUCCCUUUCCCUUUCCCUUUCCCUUUCCUUUUCCAUAUCCACCGCAGGUUCCAGACCUUACUCCAGUGCCUUCACUCCCAUUUCCUUUUAAUCCUCCACCAUUUGAGGUUCCUGAGGUUCCUUCACUUCCAUUUCCGUUUAAUCCUCCACCAUCUGAUGUUCCUGAGGUUCCUUCACUUCCAUUUCCUUUUAAUCCUCCACCAUCUGAUGUUCCUGAGGUCCCUUCCCUUCCCUUCCCUCCUAUAGACAUCCCUGGUGUUCCUUCUCCACCUACCUAA